GUUUGUUGUUUUCCCGAUGGCCAGCCGAGACCGAUUAUUUCCCUCGUCAGCAAGUGUCAUAUGCUUCGAGUGUUUCCCGACAUUCACCAAGAGCGGCAGCCGUAGCCGUAUAUAUAGCAACUAUUCUACUAUGAAGAAGCUUCACUGCUCUUCUGCGACACUAAAUGUUCACAAAUAAGUUGGUCUUUGGUUCUCUUUUGGUCGGAGCUGUUCACGCCGGAACAACCGUCUGGGAUGGAAGCUUCAAUAACUACAGCACUCCUUCAGACUUUGACAAAUGGUCCUGGGCUGAUGAAGUCGGCACGUACCAAUGGUACAUCCAUGGCAGCCAACCAACCGACAACUACCUCAACCUUGACCCCUCCUAUAAAAACCCCGCAAUGACUUCAGAGCUACACGGCUUGAAAGUCACCAUCUCCACUAACGCCACAUGGAACUCGGACAUGGAGCGUACAGAACUGAUCCCGCAAACCAGCCAGAAUUUGGGCACUGGCACGAUGUAUUAUCAUUUCUCCGUGAUGCGUUCCGAGACAAAUCCCCCUAAUUCCACCCUUGAACAUCAGGUUCUCUUCUUUGAAAGUCACUUCACUGAGAUGAAGUAUGGAGUCUCCCCAACUCCCACUGACCUCCAGUGGAUGGUCUCCAGCCAGCGUCAAUGGGGCACCAAUUUCGAAGCCGGCGUCUGGUUCAAUUUUGCCUAUGACAUCGAUUUCGAUGCCGAAACUGUCGGUCUCUGGGCUUCCACAGGAUCUGAAGACCUGACCAAAGUUGUGGACAACAUUUCCGCACCGACCUCCACAAACUCUGAAGACUUCCAUGUUGGAGUUCUGCGAAUCGUCAACCAACCUCCCCAAGAAGAUUGGUAUAUCUCUGGGGUGUAUGUAGAGACCGGAGACAUUACCACCAGCAUCUCGAGAGGCAGCAGCAACUCGACAACAAGUGUUACUGCAACAGCGAGCUCAACGGUGACGAGCACCGCAGCGGGGACAACAUCUACUGUAGUAAGUUCAACAACAGCAGCAUCGACCACCACUUCUGCAUCGGGAGCGACACAAACAGAGUGGGGCCAGUGCGGAGGGAUUGGCUGGGCGGGUCUCACUCAGUGUGCCUCGGGAUUGACUUGUGUUGCCGUUUCUGCACCAUAUUAUUACCAAUGUCAAUAAGUGACGAAAGGAUGCGCUGAAUACAUACAUUUAUUGGAUACGAGCUUUCCGAGUUAGUAGUUUGAUUACCGUCUCUUCAAAUCUACCACCCUCACAAGGUGACAGUUUCAUCGCUCCAAAUAUAUCUGAGUCAGCUUAACAACGAAUGCCGACAUCUGAGGUCUCAUGAUAUGGAACGAAUGUCGUACGAAAAGGUAUAACAAAUUCUAGAAGGAAUGGCCAUCGCUCGUUAUCAGCCAGUCAUAAGUCGUGGGAGUAAGUCUAGUCCAUUGUUAUCUGAAGCAAAAGAAACAUGGUUCAAUAUCUGAAAUACACCUUGUGCAUAUAGUUCAAUUAUUUACAAGAGACCUUGGGAUAUCAUGAAUAG